AUGGCUGCCAACAAUGAUGUUUAUGAUUUUCCUCCCCAGGACCCUAGGUUUAAUGCUGAAGUGGACCUGAUCACAGGAUACAGAACACAGAGUAUCCUGUGCCUUCCCAUAAAGAACCACAGAGGCGAGGUAGUUGGAGUGGCUCAGGCGAUCAAUAAGAAAUGUGGGGAGGACAGUGCCUUCACUGAGCAGGAUGAGAGGGAUUUCUCAGCCUAUCUGGUCUUUUCAGGCAUCGUCCUGCACAACGCCCAGCUCUACGAGACCUCUCAGCUGGAAAACAGACGCAAUCAGGUGCUGUUAGACCUGGCCAGUCUGAUCUUUGAGGAGCAGCAGUGUCUGGAGGUUCUGCUGAGGAAGAUCGCAGGAACCAUCCUGUCCUUCAUGCAGGCCCAAGCCUGUACCGUGUUCACCACUGAGGACGAGUCCAUG